AUGCGUUAUCCAUUCUACUCAAAAGUGCUAUCCAGAAAAUGGAACCUCUAUCAAGGUCUCAAUUUCCCCAAACAAUCCUCAACCGCUCACAAAUUAUUUCAUGCAUCUGUGAAGCGGUCAGCGAUAAAACCAUUUAUGUUGGCCGAUAUUGGAGAAGGAAUCAAAGAAUGCGAAAUCAUACAAUGGUUCGUGGAACCAGAAGCUCGGGUGGAGGAAUGGGACAAAUUAUGUGAAGUGCAAAGUGACAAAGCUUCAGUCGAGAUCACCAGUCGAUUCUCGGGUGUCAUAAAGAAACUACAUUAUGAAGCCGGGGAGAUGGCACAGGUGGGGAAACCCCUCCUGGAUAUCGAUAUACAAGGGGAGAUAGAACAAGUGGAUCCGGAUGCCAUUGGAGGGUCGACUGCUGGCGGAGAAUCGAAAGCACAAGUUGUGGACGAAUCCUCCACGGAUUACAACGUCGAUGUUCCGGGUGCUUCACAGCCAGCUGCUGAUACUCGAUCCCCUACUCCUCCAACCCCGAAAGGGAAACAUGCAUCGUUAGCAACACCAGCGGUACGGCAUCUUACUAAAGAAUUAGAUGUGGAUAUAUUAGAUGUGACAGGUACGGGCAGAGACGGUCGUGUACUCAAGGAGGAUGUACAUCAGUUUGCAAAACAGAGAGAUGGGGCUCCAUCAACAAGUCAGGAACCCUUCGUGGAGGCAGACAGCGCACCUCAGAAGGAGUUCACAACUUCUUUAACACCGAUUCAACAACAAAUGUUCAAGACCAUGACGAGGUCUCUGACUAUUCCUCACUUUCUCUACGCCGAUGAGAUUGACUUUACGAGACUCUCUCAAGUACGAGAUCGAAUUAACAAAAAAUUGACAAGCUCUCCCAUCAACGAGGUCGCCAAACUAUCUUACCUCCCCUUCAUCAUCAAAGCUGUCUCUUUGACUCUCACUCACUAUCCCAUUUUAAAUGCUCGACUCGACCUCGACCCCACCACCCAAAAACCUAUUUUAACAUGGCGUCCGCAACACAAUAUCGGCAUUGCAAUGGACACCCCCACAGGCCUCCUCGUUCCCGUUCUAAGACACGCUCACUCCACCUCUAACCUCCUCUCCAUAACUAAAUCACUCACCGCCCUCCAAACCCUCGCCACAACCUCCACCCUUGGCUCCUCCCACCUCUCCGGCGGUACCAUAACCAUUUCCAACAUUGGCAACAUUGGUGGCACCUACCUCUCCCCCAUCAUCGUCGACUCCCAACUUGCCAUCCUCGGCAUCGGCAAACUACGCACCAUCCCCGCCUUCGACGCUCACGGAAACGUCAUGCCAAAACAAGUCGUCAACUUCAGCUGGAGCGCCGACCACCGCGUAAUCGACGGUGCAACCAUGGCGCGCGCAGCCGAGAUGGUCAAAGGAUAUAUCGAAGAUCCAGAAACCAUGCUCUUGCACAUGAAAUAA